AAAUAACGGCAAUAUCUGGAUAUCAUACAGCACUUAUUGACUAUUGGUGAUGGUUGAUUGAUCGAUAAUAAUAACAACGUGAUUCUGACAGAGAGCCUGCUUAUGAAACCGUAGAGCUGUUUACGAAAACUGCUUAAUUAACGUUUCCGUGACAGCGAUAGAUAAACUACCAUCACAGUAACCAUAUAAACCUAACGUUACGUGGUGGCAUAUUUGCUGUUUAAGUGUUUUGGUAUACUGUUUUUUUUUUAAAACUACAUAUGGCUGUCGUAACAGAAAUGUGGCAGUAAAUGAGGCUGUCCAUAUUCCUCUGUGUGAUGGAUUAGCAUUUAAACGAGAGACAAAUAAAAGGAGCUUUUGAAAGUUCCUUUUCCCUGCAGAGCAGCAUGGAGUGGCCGGGGGAUUUCCCUGAAGACCAUGCCUUUGUUGAUCUGCUGGUUCCAGGGGUUUCCAGUGAGCUGGACUUUGAGCAGCUCCUAAAAGACACAGAGGAGAAACUCAAUCUCAAUGCCAACAGCAUUGAACAGCAGCUAAAGGAGCUCCAGGCCAAAAUGGGAGAAUCCCGGGAGCGUCCGCCGAGCCCUUCAGAGUGCCUGCAGUGGUUCAACCUCAGAGCCAACAGUUUCAGGCCUGUUCCCACAGGACAUCAAGACCUCAUGGACUUCUUCAGAGCUUUGAUACAGUACCUGAGGUCUGAAGAGGAGGGGAAAGAGGAAGUGACUCUUCAGCUGCUGCUGAAUCUGUCUUCCCAGUGUGGUGUCUGCUUUCCAUGUACCCCUUCUUCUUCCUCCUCAUCCUCCUCUCUGCCGGCCGCCUCCAUCCACUUGGUUCAUACAGUCAGAGAUGACACUUCAUUGGAGAUCCAGGAAGCCUGGGAUGACGUGCGGCUCCAGCUGCGCCGCCACCUGCUGGAAAGGCUGUCUGCACGCAGCCCAGAUCACCAAGGACCAAGAAAUAUGUCCGUCCCUGAACGGCUCCACUGUCUGCAACAGCUGUUCUUUCUUUACCCUGAGUCUGAGGCCCUCACAUAUUACCAGAGCCUGAGAAGCCAAUCAGUGCUGGCUCUUCUGCACUCCACCCUGAGCUCUAGCCCAGGCGAUGAGGCCGGCUUUGACAGACUGGCUGAAGGUUUCCGCUCUGUGGUCCCAGCUCUGACCCAGGCCCUCACAGAGGAGAUCCAUGUCCUUUCAAGACUAGCAGAACCGCACACCAUCCUGGGUUUCCUUAAUGUGGCCUACCUCAGCACUGUGACCAGAGCACUGGCCUCGCUGAUGGAGAGAGAAUCUGAGACGGCCCUGAGGGACAACACCUCGCUCACUAGCAAGAUAAAGAAAUAUUCCGCCAGGUCGCGGGCAACUGUAGCACCAAUGGAGCUUCCCAUGAAAAGCAGGAGCUUCAGUUUAACCUCCCACCAGUUGAAGGCGUUGACCCACCUGGCCUGCACCCUGCUGGGGUUUGAGAGGACGGUGAUGGAGCUCGUCACUAAUUUGACCUUCAUUGACUGCACAGGAGAGACUCCCUCUGUGAAAGGCAUCUUGAAAAGGAAUCGAGAGGAUUUGGACAUGACACCAGACUGCAAGAAAUCCACAGCAGAAACACUAAUCCACACGCCAGAGGCACAGGUUUUGGAGUUUGACUGGAGGUCAGCAUUUAAGGGGCUGGUCCCUCACAUGGCACAUUGUGUUAAAGUGGUCCUGGAUGAGGUUUGUUUCAGAAGUCUAAAGCAAGAGGAGGACUUCUAUUCUUCAGGACAAACCUCAAUCCCCUUGAGCCGCACAAGAGGACACACUGCCAUCUCUGCCGGAAACACACAUCUCAGAGAAGAUUCCUUCUACACCUACUCAGAGAGAGAGACUCCUAUGAUGACAGCAAAGUUUUGUGGAGCGAUCAUGACUGAGAUGGAUGCCUUACUACCCUUGGCAGCAGCCUGCAGAGACAGCUCUCUCCUUGAGGUGCGAUCAAGCUUUGUAGAAGCGUGUAGCAGGGCAGUGUUUGCCUUGCUAGGCCGUUUGCAGGAGAGGGCCCUGGAGGUACCAUCCUCCGCACCCCUGAGGAACCUUCCUGCUCUGCUGGCCACUUGCAUUUAUGUGCAGCAACGACUGGAGCACUACCAUGCCAGGCUGAAAGAUUCUAAUUCUACUGCGGCUAAAGUACCCCUGACCCUGCUGCCUAUUCAGAAGUACAAAGAGACAGCGGAGGCCUUCAGGGAGCAGCUGACCAGUUACUGUAUCCAGAUUUGUUCCACCUGCAUUUUUCAAGACGCAGAGAGUCACCACUGGGCUGACCCCCAACCUUUCCACGAGGGUGAGCGCUGUUCCUUCUCGGUGCAGAUGUGGUUCUACUUCCUGUGUGGGCUCCGUAGCGACUUGUGGACGAUUCUCCCGGCAGAGAUGGCCAAGGAGGUGCUGGGACAGGUGCUGUCAGAGACUUUACAGCUGCUGGUGCAAAGAUAUGCCAGGGCCCGUCCAUCGUACAAGAGACACCUGCAAAUCAGAUGUGACAUUACAGCAGUAUUGCUGUAUGUGGAGCAGCUUAUGUGGAGUGUGUGUAAGAGUCCCGAGGCCUUGUGGCGCUCCAAUCCUUCUUCAGCAAUUGCCAUAAUAGCGGGCGGAUCAGACUGGCCAUACCAAAUCCACAGCCUGUGUGAGCAACUCCUGACAGUCCUUGUCAUUGUGACUGCACCGCUUUCUUUGCUGUAUAGGAUGUUGAUGAAUAAUCCUGGGAAAGAGUCCAAGCCUCAGCAUGACAGCCCUGUUGUCCUUUGGCUAAACGCUAUCAACCCUGACCUCUUCACAGAGCAGGCCAUACGAGAUGGCCUCGUGGGCCAGGCGGCCUCUCUGUGUCAGCUGAGGCUGCUGACCUCUGACCCAGGACACAAUCCCAGGUUGCUUCUGCGAAUGCUGCUGUACAGAGACUGUCACCUGCCCACAAUACUCCUGGAGAACUCUUAUAUUUGCCAAGAGAACAGCUUAGAAAUGUCUACAGACAGCUGCAAGGCCGGAGAUGACUUCAUCGUUGCAUUGUUCAACCUCUUCAGUUGCCUGAAUAAUGUUCCAAAGGCCUUGACUCAGUCCCUUCAGCCAUACCUGGAAAGGUCACGCAUGUGGGAGCAUCUCUACACACUGGCAGACACGACCCGGGCUGUACCUGUAGUGAUCAGCUGUGUCCGAGCGAUCGUUACAAAGUCUAUCCACAGCAUCCUGAUACACCUGGUCUCCAUGGUGAUUGGUUGGCAGGCCACGGAGGAGCCUAGUGGGGCCUUGUUUAAGCAAAAUGUACCAGAGAGCAUCCUAGCUAAAAUACCCAAGGAGUGGAACUACACACCACUGGAAGCACGCGGAAAGGAGACUGACACUAAGACUGUCAUAUCUGUAACUAUCCAAGCCUUAUCCCUCAUUUUCACCAACCUGCCCUUGGCCGUAGCAUCCAUACCUCUCCCCAUCCGCUACCUCUUCCAAGUGGCAGAGAAACACCUCUCGCAGCAUGCUCGGCAGCUGCGCUUAAUGGGCCUGUUACUCUGGGCCCUGUUAGGCUGUCUGAUCCAGGGCCUGGAGGACCCAGACACACUAGAAGAGAUCAGUGGUCUGGCUCUCACCCGUGGGGCAAAGGAACCCCUGUCCCUGCUGGCUGAGUGCCUACAGGCUACCAUGGGCAUUCAACAGAAGGGCGUUCCCAAACCAACAGUGCACAAAGUGCUGCAGACUCUGGAGGAGAAAAGACCAAAGUGGACAAACAUGCAGCUGCAGAAAGCCCGCAAGCUCUGCUCAGACAGUGUUUCUGAGCGAGGAAAGGAGAGCGGAGUCGCUGAACUGACUGAGCAGAAAAUAGGCCUGAUGCUGCUGGAGGUCUGCCACAAAGCAGGUGGCAGCGACUACCUGAGGCAGAUCUAUCACAUCAUCCAAGGCAAUGAGGAAUUACUGAUGUCAAACCUAAGUGGAAGCACAAAUUCGCCCAGUAAUCCUCCUCACUUGGUGAACUUUGACCUUGGCUCCGAGAGUCGCAUGGACCCUGACUGUUUCAACCCUCUCCACCAGUUUGAUCAUGUUGGCAAGAAGACGCUGGAUCAGAGUGCAGUGGUCGACUGGGCAUGGGACUGGACAAAAGUGCUGCCAGCCUAUCAGGGCAUGAGUCAGAUCACCUUCAAAACUCUGCUGGCCAACAGGUGGGAGAUGCAGAAGGAUGCAGAGCUGGAAGACGGAGAGAAAUGUAUUGUAGAGGAACUUCAGAAAGCCUAUUUUGUUUGCUGCUGCAGCCCAGGAACGCAGGACUGUCCCGGAGCUGAUGAGACACUCGCAGAGCAGACCCAGGGGGAAACACAACAAUCCGAUAAAAGUGCUGCCCAAUAACAGUGCAUGCAGUUGGAUUUUUUUUUAUCACGUUGUAAAUGUUUUCUUGUAAUACUAAGUUGCAGCUCUCAAGGUAGUAUAAUCUGUGUGUGUGUGUGUGUGUGUGUGUG